CGGGCCUGAGGAUGACUGUCCUACCUGUGGGCUGCGCGAGAACUCAGACAGAUGAAAGCAACAUUGUGUGCCACUGACUAAAAUGCCCAAAAGCGAUACCUGGCCAGGCGGCACUGAAUCAGCAACAAUGAAUGGCAUGGACAGUGCUGGUAGCUGCGACAGCGUUGUCAGCGCAAACUCUGGCUUUAGUGAAGAUAGUCUAGAGCACCUUUCUGCAGAAGAGAAGGCCUGUUUAAUGUUUUUGGAGGAGACUAUUGAGUCUCUGGAUAAUGAAGACGAUAGUGGACUCUCACAUGAUGAACCUGAACAACUUCCCGCCUCUGGAAACAUUUCAGCCAAAUUGGAUGACCUGUCUCUCUCUCUGGGCAAAAGCAAUAUCAACAGCUCACAGAAACCAAGUAACCAACCCAUCAAGAAAAAUGUUGACACCAAACACAUGCAGAGUUACCUUGUUCCAACACCUCUUAUUGUAGCGAGCGGUUCUCAGUGUUCUGUUCCCAGUACCAAAUCUCUCACUCCUGUAGACAAAUCAACAUCUCCUAAGUCUCAGUUCAGAUCCAAGCACAACAAACCAGCUCCCAGUCACAAGGAGAAACGUACUGCUCCUCCAGUACCUUCAGAGGUUAAUGUGAUACCGUCUUCCAUGAAAUCCAGAGAAAACUCAGCCAAGCUAACUGAAGGCCCUUUAACAAGAGGACCUCUAUCUUAUGAUGCACUAGUUCAUUUGCGGAGAAAUGCCUCCCAGAAGAAGACGCCUUUAUGUCCAACAGUUGAUCACACUAUAGACUUGGACAGACAAUGUCCACCACCACUGGAAGGUUCAAAUUUGGGAAAUGUCACAAAACUUGAUAAAUCCCUCUCAGACAUAAACAAGCCCAAGGCAAUACCUCCUGUCGUGCCCCCAAAACCUAAAAAAAUACCUGCCAACAUAUAUUCAAAAAUUCAAAAUGAAUCCAUAACAGCAGACCUUUCAGAAAGUGUCAAACAAGCAACAAAUCCUGAGGUAGUGAGACUGGAAGCUUUGCAGAAGCUCGGCCUCCUGAAAGGACACGAGCAUGAGGAUGGAGCAAAACCUCUCUCUAAAAAACCUGCAAGAGAUCCAUCAGACCCAACAAGAAACCCAUCGUUCUGUCCCUCUCAAGAGAAAAGAGAACCCAAGAACAGGCCUCUGAAGAACAGUGCUAGUGUCCAUCAGCCAUCCAAGGAAGAACAACAGCCUGUUUUAUUGUUACAUGUUCAAUCUCAAUCCAGUGGAUUGAAGACAGAAGGCUUGGAGCACUCCGCUAAACAAGACGACCUCAAAAACAAGGGAAAGCACCCACAGCACAAAUUUUAUGGCAAGUCAAUGAAACCCACCACCACAUCUCAGUCUUCAUCCGACACCCCUGUAGACUCAGUGGGUUACACUGCGAUGAUGGUUCCUGGAGUGGGAUCAGAUCGAAAAGAGGCUCUCCGAAAACUUGGUCUGCUAAAGAGUUAAACCUUGCAUAUAGGUUGAGUGUGUCUAACUGAAAGGGCUUAUGAGUGUUAGAGUAUUACAUGGGAACUUUCAUUACAACUCUUUACAGUGUAAGACUCAUUCAUAAAGAGAACAUUUUCUUAAGUUCCAAAGAUCAUUCAAAAUAUGCCUUGCACAUUUCAAACCCAUUCAUUUCGGUAUAUUUUUCUCAAGCUAAUGUUAUCUAAAUCAAAAAUAAGUAUGUAUUAUAUUCAGCUUGAUACAGCAAAAAAUGAGGCAACCAAAACCUAAAUCAGCCUAAUUGUUAAUAAGGAGCAUUACCCUAACUGACAAUUGUUGAUUGUUCACUUUUCACAGAUGUGCCUGAAGAAGAGUUGUUGCAGCUUUUAUUUGUUUUUGGGAUUUUGGGAAGUAUGAUUUUGCAGUUGUUCAUUAAUUAACUGCAAAAUGAAUCCCAAAUACUUGAUUACCAAACUGUGUUUUUCUUCAUGCAUGAGUUACUGAAAUGUUCAUGUUUGAAUCUGAGAUUCCAAUUACUGUUAAAAUCCAAUAAAUAUAUGUAAAUGUUUUAAUCCUGUGUUUUCCACAAAUGCUUAUGAAAAUAAAGUUUGCACAGAAUGUACUGCAUCUUGAAAGCCUUGUUUAUUGUGCUCAUUUCAGAAUUACAUGUUACGUCCAACCAGACCACAUACUUCAGAAAAAGUGAGAAACAACCAAGCACAUUUUGAGUUUUGCAGUGCAGCUACAGAGCUGUUAACAAGGAGACUGUUUGGCCUUGUAACUUGAUCAACUUACAAUAACAUGCAGGCUUUUUGACCUGUAUUUUUUCUGAAACUGAAGAAGUUUGUUUUGUACUUUCAUCACAGUACAUCAGCUAAACUACUCAUCUUCCAGGCCACUCAGCCACUCACACAGCCUGCUCAGCUGUUCUGUUAUCCGAUUAUCUUGUGGACAACUCCCAUGUGCUGCUGAAGAUAAUCUGUUUUCUCUGUUUUCCUGAUACCCCUCACAUGGAACUCUUCGGACUCAACAGCUUGUGUAUUAGCAUUGAAUAAAGUUUUAAUAGUGGCUUGAUGUCUUCGUCUUUUAUGUGUGAACAAAAAUUAGACAUCAAAUUUUGAAACUGACAGCUUUAGUGAUACAGAACAAUAGAUAAAUCUAGGACUUAAAAAAAAAGCCAAAGCUGAGCUCAAAACAGAGUGCAGGAAGGACUAAGUUUAUCAAUAUGGAAAAAGAAGUAGGAAUAAAGUGCGUCUGCUGCAAUGUUAACGCAAGUGAUAACAAAAUACCUUCACUGGACACAUUAUUAGGUAUGUAUAUGAAAAUCCAUCAAUUCCACAUUGACAACUAAAUGUAUUUAGACAAACAGAGCAUCAGAAUGAGAAAAAAAGAGGAUUACAGUGACUAAGAGUUGUGUGGAUUAAAAUGUCUAGUAGCCUUCCUAUCAGCUCGGACCAGUCUGCCCAUUUCUCCUCUGACCUCUGAUAUCAAUGGGAAUUCAAUUAUAACAAUUAUUAUAAUCAAAGUAUGCUGAAUAAUAUCUCUGAACAUUUAACCCUGAAGCAGAUGAGCAGCAGACAGUGGUGGUGUGUGUCAAAAUGGACUAAGCAUGAUAUAAAAAAUACAGUAAAUCACAAUGUAGCAUAAAUCCAUUUCAAUCACAGUAAUUCUGAGUGUGCAUUUGCUGAGAGACACCAAAGGAGAGAUAUCUAUAUCAAUGUAUCUGUAUAAGGGCUCAGAGCUAUUUCUUAAUAGUUUUUGUCUGAAC